UUGUUUAAAUGCAGGAGCAAUCACGGACAAACAAGGCUGCUCGACAGAAGCAGCCUUACAAUCAUAGUAGCGGGUCGAAGUCGUUUCUACAACGACAGUAUGAGCUCGCUGAAAGAAGAGGGCAGCCGGUCGAUCGUGUGGAAUUGUUCCGGGAAACACACGUUCGAGCUGGGACAUUCGUGUCGCAGGCCGCCGAGGAUGCGCAUAAUCAAAUGCUGGAACUCCAAUCCCAGCCUACCCCAGAGGGUAGUCAGCCACUCUCUGAGGAUGAGAUAUGCGAUCAGGUGUUGGGUCGACGACCAGGCUACUCAAAAGGCCUUGGUUGGGGACCCAAGCCGAAGGCCCGCAGAACGGCAAGUGCAAGCAGUUCGUCGACAUCUUGUUCGCAGUCCACACAAAAAGAGAUUGAAUUACAAGCUAAACUUCAUGAAGCUUUGGAACGGAUUGAAGUACAAGAUAGAAAUCACCAAGCAUUAGCUUCACAAGUGGAAGCUAUGAAAAAGAUGAUUGAAGACCUAACUCGUGCACAACAGGGACCACCACAUGAUCCCUAGCCCUGCGGACCGAAGGUGUAGAAUGACGCGCAUACGCACCUCGUUGGGAGAUUGGGUCUUAUGUUUAUGUUUUUUGUAUAUUGAAAACUAUAUUUUCUUGUAGUCAACUUAUUCGUAUUAUUAAUUUUAAUUCUAUUUUUUAA